GGCAGCCCCGCGCGGCCCGGCCCCACCAUGACUUCCAAAGAAGAACCCAAGCCCUCCUCGGGGGAAGAACGACGGCGGAGCCCCUUGGAUCACCUCCCACCGCCUGCCAACUCCAACAAGCCACUCACUCCCUUCAGCAUCGAAGACAUCCUCAACAAGCCCUCGGUGCGGAGGAGUUACACCCUCUGCGGAGCGGCCCAUCUACUGUCCGCCGCCGAGAAGCACCCCCAAGCCGGGCUGCCCCUCUCCGGCCGAGCGCUACUCUCCCAAACCUCGCCCCUCUGCGCCCUGGAAGAGUUGGCCAGCAAGACCUUCAAGGGGCUGGAAGUCAGCGUGCUGCAGGCUGCAGAAGGCAGGGACGGGAUGACAAUCUUCGGACAGCGACAAACGCCGAAGAAGCGUCGAAAGUCGCGGACGGCCUUCACCAACCACCAGAUCUACGAGCUGGAGAAGCGGUUCCUUUACCAAAAAUACCUGUCACCGGCGGACCGGGACCAGAUCGCCCAGCAGCUGGGGCUCACGAACGCCCAGGUCAUCACCUGGUUCCAGAACCGCCGCGCUAAGCUCAAGAGAGAUCUGGAGGAGAUGAAGGCCGACGUGGAAUCGGCCAAAAAGCUGGGCCCCAACCCUGCCGUGGACAUCGUGGCCUUGGCCGAGCUGGAGCCCACUGCCGAAGGCAGAGGCAAGGCGAGGCCCGGUUCCCCGCCGCCGCCCCCCGCCGCCGCCCGGGAGCCCGCCGCCCCGCCGCCGCCCCGCCCCGCCUCGCCCCCCACGGAGCGGCCCCGCAGCCGCCGGGACAGCGAGGAGGAGGAGGACGAGGAGGAGGAGGACGUGGAGAUCGACGUGGAUGACUGAGGGGCGGCCGGCGGGCCUCCCCAACACCACUAUCCGCCCUCCCCCGCCCGGUCCCUCUAUCCCUCACCCCGGCAGCUCCAAACUGGCACCCUCGGCCUGGCCCUGGCAGCGCGGCGAGGCGGCUGCUCCCGCUUGGUCGGAGCAAUAAGCAAUAGAAACCCACCGCAAACACCCGCAAACACCAAUUAAUUUAAGGUAGAGUCGAUUAUCCCUCCGCCUGUCACAUCUUCGGAAUGGUGCAAUUACGGACGGCUUCUGUAUAAAUAUUUAAACGUAUAUGUUGGAUUUUUUCCCCCCUUCCCCCUUCUUUUUGAGGUUUCGAUUAUUAUUUUUUUUAAUAGCUACCAGUGACGAUUAUUUUGUCUAUAAAGGAUACGCGUAACCUUGGAAUAAACUCGGCUUCCGACAGAUGUUUGAGUAGGCAGUUGUUUUCAAAGACUUCCGAAACGAACCACUCUAGAAGAGAUUUGAAUUAGGCUUAAAACAGCUACAGCAAAAAAAUAACCACUUUCCUUUCCUUGCAUGUUUCAGAUGUGCACGAAUCAAUUAUAUAUUUUUUUUUUCCUUUUACAAAUAUUUUUUCUUUUACAAUCUUGGGAACUUAGGGAUGGGUUAUAAUGCAAGUGAGAAAAAAUAUAUACUUUCUUUUUUUCCUAGAACAUAGAGAUUUGUCUUCAAUGCAAUUUCUGCCUCAUUUUA